AUGGGAAGUCUGGAGGGUCACCUUCUGCCAGGCACAAUUUUCCUCUUCUUCUCACUCUACCAUUCAGUGCUGAUAUCUCUGGCUCUACUACGGGGACAGCAGCUCUACAAGCCACCCCUGCUCCCCAGGGAGAAGCGAAGACUUAAGCUGUGGCAGCAGGUACCAUUGGAGGAAGCAAUAAAGGUGAUCGCCUGUGUCACUGGCAUCUUAUGUGAGUUUUAUUAUCCCCCAGGGACAAACCGACUGCAGAUGAUAGACUGGGAGAACCCGCAGCGGCCGUUUGUGUUCAAGGACAACUGGCAGCAUGUCACGAUGUUUGGGUUCUUUCUGCUCAGUGCUGUGGUAAAUACCGUGAGCCAGAAGUGGCUGGCCCAGCAGAAUAGGAAGCUGGAACGAGCUGCCGAGGCCCUGGCUUUCUAUGUGGUCGUGCUGUUGAUGUACACCCACAUUGAGAACAAGAGCGUGUUGGAGAUCCGUGUGCAUGUGCUAUUCAUGAUCCCCACUUUCCUGGUAGGCCUGGCGUCCAGCAUUGAAGUCUGGGUCCCUCACGAUCCCAUGAUCUGGGUGUUUAAGGUGUGGAUGGGGCUGGUGCUCAGCACCUGGAUGUUCCAGCUGUGCUUGGUGCUGUAUGUGCCUCCUUCCGGACAGCACUGGCAAGGAGACAACCCCAUGGACCUGGCCUUCCUCACCACCUUCUUCUGCUGGCACCUGGGCUUAGGAGGCCUCAUACUGGCUGCUAUCUAUGGCCUCUGCAGCCUCUGCUGCCAUCACUGUUCCUCUUGGAAAGAAGCAUCGGAUGCCAGAUACCAUCUGUGUCCUACAGACUCCACUGGUGAAGAGCUGGAGAAGCUCUGUCCAGAGUCCACACUGCAGGACAGAAGUGUCUAG